CCUAGCACUUCUUCCUUGCAACUGUCAGGCAGGCGGCAAGCAAGCAUUUAUUUAGCGCCUACUAUGUGCGAGGCACUAUAUCAAGUGCCCAUUGUGUGAGGAAUUCAAAGAAAAACUAGCUACGGCCAGACGGGAGACAUUUGCACGCGGGGGACUCAUUCGGGGCUCACUGGACCUCUGACCAACAUUCCCUCACCCCCCACCCCUCGAAGUGCCAGAACGUUCCCUACUUACAGAUACGCACGGGGACACGCCCGUGGACACGAGAAUACACAAAGAAGACAAUCGUGCUCUUCAACCUUUAACUGAAAAGUCUUCGGGGGACCCAAAAGUGCCCUUUGCCCUCAAAUGAAGCUGAACUUUAAACGAUCUACAGCUAGCUGACCCACACUUAGACACUUAACUCGAUCUUAACGAGGGUCUUUUGAGCUGAUAUAUUAAAGGCAACAUGUCCCAAAAAAUCAAUGGAGGUUCUGUGGUGGAAAUGCAAGGAGAUGAGAUGACUCGAGUCAUUUGGGACCUGAUUAAGCAAAAACUCAUUUUCCCAUAUGUGAAUUUGGACCUGCACAGCUAUGACUUAGGGAUAGAGCAUCGUGAUGAAACAGACGACCAAGUCACCAUUGAUGCUGCAGAAGCUAUUAAGAAAUAUAAUGUGGGUAUCAAGUGUGCUACCAUCACCCCUGAUGAGAAGAGAGUUGAAGAAUUCAAAUUGAAGCAAAUGUGGAAAUCACCCAAUGGUACAAUACGAAAUAUCCUGGGUGGUACUGUCUUCAGGGAAGCCAUCAUCUGUAAAAACAUCCCCCGACUUGUGAAUGGGUGGGUCAAGCCAAUCGUUAUAGGCCGUCAUGCUUAUGGGGAUCAAUACAGAGCAACUGACUUUGUAGUCCCUGGGCCUGGAAAAGUGGAGAUAAGCUAUACACCUCGUGAUGGGGGCAAAACAAUGACUUAUUUGAUCCAUAAUUUUGAAGAUUGUGGUGGCGUUGCUAUGGGAAUGUACAAUCUUGACCAGUCAAUCACAGAUUUUGCACACAGUUCUUUCCAAAUGGCUCUGACUAAAGGCUGGCCUCUAUAUAUGAGUACCAAAAAUACAAUUCUGAAGAAAUACGAUGGACGUUUUAAAGACAUCUUUCAGAAAAUAUAUGACACGCACUACAAAUCCCAAUUUGAAGACAAGAAGAUCUGGUAUGAACAUAGACUCAUUGAUGACAUGGUAGCUCAAGCUAUGAAAUCAGAAGGAGGCUUUGUCUGGGCCUGUAAGAACUAUGAUGGUGAUGUGCAGUCUGACUCUAUUGCACAAGGCUAUGGAUCUCUGGGAAUGAUGACUAGCGUGCUAAUCUGCCCAGAUGGCAAGACAGUGGAGGCAGAAGCUGCCCAUGGUACGGUAACUCGUCACUACCGCCUGUACCAGAAAGGGCAAGAGACUUCCACCAAUCCCAUUGCCUCCAUUUUUGCCUGGACCAGAGGGUUAGCUCACCGUGCUAAACUAGAUAACAAUAAGGAGCUGGGUGUAUUUGCAACAGUUUUGGAAGAAGUUUGUAUUGAGACCAUUGAAUCUGGCUUCAUGACCAAGGAUUUAGCUGCCUGUAUUAAAGGUUUACCCAACAUACAGCGAUCUGACUACCUGAAUACAUUUGAGUUCAUGGACAAACUUGCAGAAAACUUGAAGGCCAAACUAGCACAAGCUAAACUUUAAUAACACGUCUGCUUAACAAAGAGGCUGCCCAUUGGGAAAUAGAUGACCAAAAUCAAGAACAUUUAAUAUGAAAGGAGAAACGGCAGCCAUGGUACUGUGUUGUAAGAGCAGUAUAAAUAAGACCUAAUGUUCCACCCUUCCUGGCCUUACUUGUGGACCAGGUCACUGGAUGGUUCUGGUGUUAGCAGAUAUUGCAUCAUGUGAAAAUAAACUUGACAAAGUGGAUUUCUGUGUGAAUCAAGAGUUAAAGCAUUACUGUAAGGAAGCCAUGUUAAGGCUUCUUUAGCAGUUACAAAGAGCUUUUGUUGAAUUUUAGAGAUGGAAACUUUUUUUUUAACAGUGCCCACAUGAGUUAGGAUUUUUGGACAAUGGUGACAUGCAGAUUGCCCUCCUUUCCUUAUGUGGUGCAAUAAGGUUUAUGCUAUCCAAUGGCAUAUUUCACCCAGGUGCAAUAAAACAAGCUGCUUUUUUUUGGAUCCCUACAAGCCUGUUUAUUUCUUUUGUAUAACUGUAAUGUUUUAGAAUUAUUGUUAAACACUAGUCUCACCCUGGUCUUUGUCUGAACUGUAAUGUAAUUGGAAUUAAAAUUAAAUCCUAAUAACUGGUUUUUGUUCUUCUGAGUCUUAAGGAGUCAAGGAAUACAAUUACUUAUUGUUAUCACAAAUGUUUGACAUCACAGAAGUCAUUAUGUUGAGAAUAUCCCAGUAAAAUUGUUUUCUCUAA